CACGCUGCCCUAGAACACCCGCAGAAAGCACUAGACACACUCAGCAGCAGCAGCGCAGCAGCAGCAGCGCAGCAGCAGCAGCACAGCAGCAGCGGCAAUAACGACGGCAGCAAUAAGGGCACAAGCGCUGAAAGCAGCAGCAGCAAGGCUAGCAGCAGUGGGAGCAGUAACAAAAGGCGUAGAAGCAGUUUUAAGGGCAGCAGCAAUAAACCCCACAUCAACACGGGCAGCAGCAACAAGGGCAGCAGCAACAAAGGCAGCAGCACUAGAAGCAGCAGAGUAGGGGAUCAGCAGGAAGAGCAGCAGAGCAAGGGCAGCAGCAGUACAAGAAACAGCAUCUGUAGAAGAAGCAGUAGCAACAGCAGCAGCAGCAAGAACAGCAGCAACAGCAAGAACAGCAGCAAGAGGAGCAACAAGAGCAGCAGCAAGAACAGCAGCAAGAGCAGCAGCACGAGCAGCAGCAGCAAGAGCAGCAGCAGCAGCAGCGAGCUUGCCUAUGAGGACCAGCUUGAUGAGGUAGUCAUAAGCCAAAGUGGUUUGCCUCUCUCCUUCACCCGCGAGCGCCUCCAGGGCACAGGUCAGCGCGUCUGA